AUGAGUGCACAACCAAACACAUCUGUCCAGUCAUUAUACGAUAUUAUCGGUGUUCCUCCAACAGCAACACAGGAUGAGAUCAAGCAUGCUUACAGAAAGAAAGCUAUGCAAUUACAUCCAGAUAGAAACCAAGAUGAUCCAAAUGCAACUGAGAAAUUCCAACAGCUUUCAGAAGCCUACGAAAUUCUUAAGGAUCCAGCUAAACGUGAAAGAUACGAUAAAUUCGGAAGUGGUGAAGAGGUUCCACAGACACCAGAAGAUAUUGAACUGUUUGAAGUCAUGACACAGAUUCUCGGCCUUGGAAGAAGUAGAGCCGCUCCAAAGGGAGACAAAGUUUCACCGUCAAUCAGAUUAAUCCGUGUUCCACUUUCAAAGAUUUACACAGGCGGCAAAUUCACAACCAAAAUCGAAUACCACCAAGUUUGCCCAUUCUGCCACGGAUUUGGAUCAACAGACGGAAAAGAAUAUCCAGUCUGCCCAGAAUGCAAUGGCGCUGGCUCCAAAUCACCAGGUGGUUUACAAUUCAUGUUCCCAUGUGAACAUUGCAAGAAUGUUGGUUACAUGAUCCCACCAGAAGUCAGAUGUCAUCAUUGCCAUGGCCACAAAUUGAUAAACAGCAAGAAAGAAAUUACCAUCGAUAUCGAACCAGGUAUCCCUAAUGAAGAGAAGAUCAUCUUAGAAAAUAUGGGUGAUGAAUAUCCAGGAAAGAUUUCUGCUGAUCUUAUUCUCAUUAUCUCUCAGAAGUGUCCGAAGAAGUUUGUCAGAGAUGGAGAUGACUUAUACUACACACAUACAUGCUCAAUCGUUGAACAAAAGUUCGGAACAGCCUUUACAAUCGAUACUCCAGAUGGCAGAGAACUCCAGGUUUGUACAGAAGAAGGAAAACCAAUUGAUUUCUCAAAGUUGAAGUAUAUAAAGAACGAAGGUAUGCCAUGCCGUGGAAAUACACAGUUCAAAGGAAACUUAUAUAUCAUUUUCCAGCGUGGCUUCCCUGGACCAAUUCAUGAAGGUCUCAGAACAGUCAGAAACAUAUUCAACAGGUUAGUAGGAGCAAAGCAGAAACUUGAAGAUGCCCCUCAAGAAAAACAAGAAGAGUUCGAGAAAUUGCUUAGGCAGCAGCAAGAAGAAUUCGAAGAACUGUUAAGACAAUAUGAACAACAAGAAGCUGCUAAGAAGCAAAAUUAA